AUGUCCACGGUACUAUCGUACGCACAUGCUGCAGGUGCUGCAAAUUCAUCGUAUGAUUUGAAGGAAAAUCAGGAAUCUUCUAAGGAAGAGUCCGCUUUUCUUCCAUCAGAAAAUACCUCUGAUAGUGUAUCUGUUCCUACGACUUCCGAACUCUUGACUCCCUCGAUUUCUUCGAAAUCAUCAAAAUCUGAGCAUGUCUCCGAGGAAGCCUCUGCGGAGCCGGAAUUAACAUCUAAACCGACUACCAAGGAUGAUACCGAGAAUUUUGUUUUGACACCUGUUGCUGCUGAUAAUGAUGAUGAUGACAAAAAAAAGAAGGUGGUAGAGAACUUGAAAUUUGAGCCCAAACAGGAGUCUGACGACUCUGAAGGGCCAAUUUUGUCUGAGAAAAUUCCCGAAACUAAGGAAACUAAGGAAACUAAGGAAACAGAGGAAAUAAAGGAAACUAAGGAAACUAAAAAGUUUGAUGAAGCCGAGGAUAUUAACGAGUCCAAGGAAACUAAAGUAACUAAGGAAACUAAGGAAACCACGGAGUCCAGGGAAACCACGGAGUCCAAAGAAACUAAGGAGUCUAAGGAAACUAAGGAAACUAAGGAGUCCAAGGAACAUUUCAAAAGAGCAAAGCUUGCUCCUGCUCCUCCACCUUCGACAAAUGCUUGGGGAACUACUCCUAAAGCUAAUCCUACUAGCAAAAGCCCAAUCAUUGAGACCAUUCUUUCGGAAAACAACACAAACUUGAGCUCUUCUCGUUUCAAGGCUCCUGCAGGGAAGGAGAAGUGGGUUCCUUUUAAAGCAUCUGUCGUUAUUGCCUCUGCUAAGAGCGGUGCUAGUAAUAGCAGCAGUGGAUCCGGAAAGUCUGCUUCUGGAAAGAAGAAAAACAAGAAGAAGUCGAGGGACCAAGAUAAGCGUGGAUCCAAGAGGCAAUCACAGCCGCAACAACAACAGCAGCAAAAAUCUGCUGCUCCCAAGCAACAUAAUAAGACCCAGAUCAAUGAGAAGGCUAUUGCUGGUGCCGCAGCAGUCGAAGCCACCGUAAAGGCCGCUACCGAGACUGUUGAGAAGAUUUUUGAUUCUGGGCUAGAGGCUUCUCCUGAGUCCGCUACUACUUCUGCUGCUGAUGCAGAUCCUAGUAUCCAUAGUUUCUCUGAAGGUACUCCCGAUGAGUCGGUCGUGGAACAGGGCAAAAAGCAUGGCAACUUAUACAAUCAGGAAAGUCCCAACAACUAUGGAUCUCAUGAACAUUACCAAGGCAAGCAGUACAGUGGGGCAGGUAAUAAGGGGUUCUCCAACAACAAUAGACCUUAUAACAAGCGUUCUGGAAACAAUGGUAAUGGCUCUGCAUCUCAAAAUGGUAAUACUUACCAGCAAAGGUCAUACAGAUCUCACAAUAGUCAGAACACUGACCAAAGAUAUGGUAACGGUGCCGUACCUUACUUGCCAUAUAACAGGCAAUAUUUUGUGCCGAUGAUGUACGUGAAUGGUAAUGGAAGUGCAGCGCCUGUCAAUGGUAGUGUUACAGCCCCUGUUGCAUCUACCACUAAUGUUCCUUCGGAUUCUUCUAACUCCACCGCUACAACCGAUUCAGGCAGCGUAACUGAUGCUGCCACUGCUUCUAAUAUGAGCGUGGGCAGUAAUGGAAGGCAUCAUAAUAACCGUCAUGGACGCAGAAAUAAUUUUGUGUCGCCUUAUAUGAUGCAGUCGUUGUAUCCUCCUAUGGGAUAUAUGCCUUAUGGUCAAUCAUAUGGUCCAAUAGUUUCUGCUCAGUCACCUGUUCCAUAUGCUGCAGAAGAUGGAAAAUCUUCUAAGGAAGCACAGCUGGAAAGUCUUGCCCGUCAAAUCGACUACUACUUCUCUCCUCAAAAUUUGAUCAAGGAUAUAUUUUUGAGGAAGAAUAUGAACGAUGAAGGUUUCUUGCCUUUGAGUGUGGUCGCUGGCUUUUACAGGGUGUCUGCUAUGUCGUAUAAUAAUGUUGACGCUGUGAUUGAAUGUCUUGAUAGAUGUCAAAACCUUGAAUACGGUGUGAUAAAGAAUGACAAGGAUGAAAAAACUUAUAAAUUGAGGCCUAUUGAGAACCCAUAUCAGUGGGUUCUGUCUGAAGAUCAGAGAACUGUUGCGGGACGGGACAAUGUCACACCAAAAACACAGUUGAAAAGUGAAUCUUCAAGGGCCACCGAAACCGUGGGAGAAGAUGCAGAGCUUACAUCCGAAGAAAAGAGAUAA